UUUGAAUGUUCAUUUUUAUUGGUGUUCUCUCUUUGCCAAAAUGUGCUUGAUUACAUAGAUUUGGUCCUGUGAUAACUGCGCACCCUAGACAGGCUAAGGUGUAACGGAGAAGGUUCAGCUCAGGCCAGAUCAAAUCCCAGGCUGUUUAACGCUGAAAGGCUGCAUGUUGCUAUUAGUGUUAAAUAUAUGGCUAAUUAUGCGUAUGAAAAUUAAACAUCAGUGUUAUGCUAAUGGGGCCGCCUUCAGCUGUGGAUCAGAGCACUUGAGACUAGCAUUUAAUCAAAUGAAUCAGUAACUAAUACAUCUGCACGUGUGAACUUUCACAAGAUCAUUUCCCUGUUACCGUCACACCACUAAAUUAUGAAAGAAAUAAUUAUCAACACUUUCUAAUUAUCUAACAAAGUAAUUUGGGAUUCACCGUGGGGUUGGCGGGAUUGGGAUCCUGCAGCCCAACGUUGUCAGCAUGCCUGCGACUCUGCGCCAGUUGUUUUGUGUGAGUAUGUGUGUAUUUUUGUGGCGUAUGGUUUGCUGCAGGGGGAAGGUGUAUGUUGCUGUCUGUGUCUUAGGCUUCGGAGCCGGACUGGAGGGCCUUCUCACUUUCACUAGCCACCCACUCUCCUGCCCAUCCAGCUUCCAUUUCCAUCUCCUCUUCUAGAAGUCCUAGUUCGGGACCACAUUCUGGGCAGCAGCACAGGGUCUUAGCUAUUAUCUUGCUACACCUUUCCCCACCCAUAUCCCCCACCUCCGCCAGUUCAUUUGAGUUUUUAACCGAGUUUGGAGGCCGAGCGAGCCCUAUACAUGUGGAAGAUAGCUGGGAAUAAAUGGAGACAUGUGUCCGCACACGGACAUGUGCCGAUUUACACCAAUUUGUUCACUGUUUUUGCGUGCGGGAGAGCGCUCCCCCUUCGCACAGGUAACAAUACCCUUUACUUUAACAAGCCCUCCUUAGAAAGACGAAGAAAUUCCACCCUCAAGCCACCAUUCAGCUUUCUCUGGCCCCUGCUGAUUCAGCCCAAGCUCUGUUUUCUGGCUGCUCCCCUGGCGCGCUGAAAACUAGCCCUUCGCCACCAAGCCCAUAAGGGAAGGGGAAUGAGAUGGGAAGGGGAGGAGAAAGGAGGCGGUGGAGCGGGAUAAAGGGAAGGAAAGGAAGGAGGCUAAAGAGUGUGUAUGUAUUGGGGGGUGGGGUGGAAGGAGAGGGGAUGCAGCCUCUUUCCUGGGAGGAAAAGCGUGGGGUCCACUUCUCUCAUAGGGAGCGGCAUUCUAAUCAGAUCAACCACAACCUCAGCGCACCCGAGGAGCCGAGUCUGGAGAGAUGCGAGCUGUUCCUGGUGAGCGGAGGAGCGCCGGUGGAGUGAGCAAUUGUGUGUGUGUCUUGGAUUGGGAGGAGAAGUGGGGGGCAGGGGGAAGGAAAGGGUCACUAAGAAAAGGGGAAGGUGAACCGCUUGGGGAGGGGAUUGAAAAAGCGGAAAACAAGGGAGAAAUAGAUACAUUAGAAGGGGCAACAAGAGACUGGAGAAAGAAGUAAGCGUGAUUAGAGUGGAAGGAGCCGCUUUUCCCUCUGGCUCUCUGCUAGGCACUUAGUCCCACAGAUGUCUAUGAGUGGCCCCUAAGAUGCUGCGGUCCAGGGGAAGCGCGAAUUGGGGAAGUAGUGAGGCCAGUCAGGAGACUGCAGGCUGCCUCCCAUUCCGUCCCCCCCCCCCCUUUAGGCUGGGGGCCCAGAGGACCAGAAGAGGUGGAAGAGGUUGUGCAAGCGUGGCGGCUGCUGCAAGCUGUAGCACCCGGGGUCCCCCAGUGAGGGGGGCGGGCUGGCUGGGGGGGGGAAGUUGCUGGUUGGCUUCUUGGGAAGAAGACGCUUUGAGGGAGGAGGAAGAAGAAAAAGAGGGGGUAAAGAAGUUAGAGGGGGGAGCAUUGGAGGGGUUGUAAACUCUCUCCGCUCUGGCGCCUGUCGCCGCCGCAUUGUGAGCCCCGUAGUGUUGCUCUAUUGCAGAUGUUCACUCGCAGGGGCGCGGGGACGCAUCUCUCCCAAGUCCUGCUUGCUUCGCUCCCUCUAGUCCAGCCGAGCCAAAGCACCUCGGACCAAUCCCAGGCGAUUAUGCAAGACGGCGGACCAAUCAGAUCCGCCAGCUCAUGAAUAUUCAUGACCUUGGCUGAGUCAAAGCUUUGAGGCGAGUUUGGGGAGCUCGGCAGCAUCAUGCUUAGACUUUUCAAAGAGACAAACUCCAUUUUCUUAUGAAUGGAAAGUGAAAAUCCCUGUUCCGCUUAAAUUGGGUUCCUUCCUGUCCUGAGAAACACAGAGACCCCAAAAAGGAAAGCAGAGGAGAGAGACCCACACCCAGACCCAGCGAGAAGAAAUGACCAUGACUACUAUGCCAGAAAGCCUCAACAGCCCCGUGUCGGGCAAGGCUGUCUUUAUGGAGUUUGGGCCGCCCAGCCAGCAAAUGUCUCCUUCUCCCAUGUCCCAUGGACACUAUUCCAUGCACUGUUUACAUUCUGCUGGCCAUUCGCAACCCGACAGCUCCUACAGCACGGCCUCAUCCUUCUCCAGACCGCUGGGCUACCCCUAUGUCAACUCCGUCAGCAGCCACUCGUCUAAUCCCUACAUCAGUUCAGUGCAAUCCUAUCCCAACAGCUCCAGCCUGACUCAAACCCGGUUAGAGGAGACAGGAGCAGACUCGGAGAAAAGCACCGUGGUAGAAGGAGGGGAAGUUCGUUUCAAUGGGAAGGGGAAAAAAAUUCGCAAACCCAGGACUAUUUAUUCCAGUUUGCAGUUGCAGGCUUUGAACAGGAGAUUCCAGCAAACUCAGUACCUAGCUCUGCCGGAAAGAGCGGAGCUCGCAGCCUCACUGGGACUCACGCAGACACAGGUUAAAAUCUGGUUCCAGAACAAGCGUUCCAAAUUCAAGAAACUGAUGAAGCAGGGAGGGGCUGCCCUUGAGAGCAGCGCCCUGGCCAACGGCAGGGCUCUGUCCGCCAGCUCUCCUCCAGUCCCCCCGGGCUGGAACACCAGUAGCUCUUCCAGUAAGAGCUCCACUGGCAACGCGGGCACCUACAUUCCGAGCUACACGUCGUGGUAUCCUUCAGCCCAUCAAGAAGCUAUGCAGCAACCUCAGCUCAUGUGAUUUACAAAAACAAACCAACCCAGCUUCCUUUCUGCAACCUCUCCCCACCCAGUACCCGGGUCCCCAUUUGUCUCCCCAGCCCAGCCCAGUCCAGCCCACCCCCGGUUGACACGCACUAUGGGUCCAGAGGAGAAGAAGGGGAGAACCAAGGAAGGGAAAACAUAAAUAAAGGAUGCAAACCACGACUACCACCAACCACCAUUACUAAGCACCAGUCUCCAGGCAGACCACAGAGUGCACUGGACCUCUUCAGAUCGGAGAGAGCCUUCGGUUGGAUGGCGCUCCAAAUUCUGGCAUGCCGCAAACGAGCGCAGUUGUGAUGCGGGGUUGUUUCCCAUGUGCUGACAGCUGAGAAAGCUGCCUCUGAGCUCGGUUAGAUCACCCGGAGGACAGCCUAGGAGCAGGGAGACAAUUCGACCCUCAGCUUUGUGGGGCGAUCAGAAAACAAAACAAAACAAAACAAUGUUUGUAGAAACACGCUCUUUUCUGUCCUGUCUGUCUCCUCGUCUUCUUUCUCUCAGUCUCUGUGCCCUGAUCAAAUAUAGGUCAUUUCAUUUGUUCUCCCCACCUUUACAGCCUCUUUGAUGGCAGUGAGAGCACGGAAGGGGAGUACCUCUUUCCUCUUAAUUUUCCCCUCCUUGUAAUAGUUUGGGAAAAAAAAAAAUUCGGACAUUCUCCUGUGCCCUGCCUAUCCAUAUGUGUAGUUUGCUGGGGUGGGAUGGGAGGAAAGGGAGGGGAAGGGAUUUUAUUUAUUGACAAAUUGACUUAAACUACCACUAUCCGAGUACUAGACACUUAGUGAAUAUAUUUGGCUUACAAAGUGCACUGUUUGAAAGCACCGUUUACUUUAAUCGAAAAGGGGGAAAAAUAAUGAGGAUGUGAUUUUUAACUUUUACAAUAACUUUUAUACUUUGAUGAUGUGGAGAGGUUGGGUCCGAAUGAUUUGUCUCCCCCCCCCCCCAUACUCAGUGUUAUUUAAAAAAGAGAGAGAGAGAGAGAGAAAAGAAAAUUAAAAUAAUCGAAUACAAUUUCAUCCUUCGAGAAGUUGAUUGUUUCGGGUGCAAAAAAUUUGAAUUUCCUUGGCUGUGUGUGUGUGUGUGUGUGUGUGUGUGUGUGUGUGAAGGAGAGAGAAAAAAAGAAUGAGAAGAUGAGAGAGAGAGAGGAAAAGAAGAAAGAGGGAGGAAAGACGAAGCGAAAUUAUUCGAAUGGGUUUCGAAUUGAGACAGUGCAGCUUUAAAAACGAUCUGCAGAGGCUUUGCCACAGAAAAAUGCCAAUCAAAAAUCUUCGUGCACAUACUCCAGUGCAGGAUCUAAUCGCUGUACAUAUUAUUGUUAUUAUUAUUAUUAUUAUUAUUAUUAUUAUUGUUCUGUAAACAUGUUGCACAAAUUUAGCCCUUUUUUGUUCCGUUUUGUGUGGCUGUAAAACAUGAUGCUUUGUGAAAUGGAAUUCUUAACAUUUUACUUGUGAAAUUUGGAAAAUGUGAUCAAUUGAAAUCAACUGUGUUUAGUGUUCUAUAUGUCAAAGUUUAGUUUUAUAUUGAGAAUGUUAACUUAUUGCUUUGUAUCUGGAAAAAAAAACCUUUGUAAAUAAGUUAUAAAGUUUCUUUGAAACAGUAAAAUUAUGGUUUCGAAAAA